AUGAAAGGGGCAAUUCGUAGAUACUGCAAUGAAGGCCAUAACAUUUUGACAGCAGCUGACAUGCAUGAGGCAUUGAAAGUGAGUUAAGUGAAGGGAUCAUCAGCUGCUGUUGGCGAGAUUGAUAGCGACAGAAAAGAAGUAAAAAUUAAGCGCAUCAAUAAUUUCAGCUUUUUUCACAAUUUUGCUUAUGAAAAGGAUAGUCUUCGUCUCUCAAAAGCCUAUGGGGUCGGCAAGGGCAAAAUAAUACCAUGGUCAGAGCUCAUCCUUGAGAAGCAUGGCCCUGUUGUGUUAAGGGAAGUUGGGAAUCAUGAUUUCUUUGCCAUAGGACCACGAGCCAUAAAACAGAAUUGCAAUCACAGCCAAAUUUCCAGCAAUAAUAAAGACAUUCUGUUUCACUGCCCAGAACAAAGAUGCUGCUCUGAGUUCACUUCUUCAGAAGAACUCCAAGAUUAUGUGCACCUCGGGGAGCACAGCAAGAGAGAGGUUUCAGAGAGCCUUUACGACAGCCUCAGACAUGAAUGGGCCAUGAAAUUUUCCUCCUUA